CCCCCUUAAUCUCUGCAAUUAUCUCAGCCAAUCGGCGACGAGACUCGAAUCGACCGGAGCAAAUCUCGAAACAUAAUCUCCUGGUAACCGUACGGAUCAUUAUUUUUGUGCCAUAAUUUUGUUAAAUUGCGUUCUAGAUUCGUGCUCACGACCUUUCGAUCUUAAGGAGACAGUCACGGUUUUCUCUUGAGAGAAGGUUUUAUUCAUGUUUAGUUUCUGGAAAAAGAGAUUGGGAAUAGGUAUGGCUGCUGCUGCACAUGAUUCAUCAUCAAGAGAAAGCCUUGAGAUGAAAUUUGGUCAACUGCAUCAUGUAGAUUGUAAUUUACAAGCUGAAGAGUUGGGUGUUCUGCUAGAUAGGGUCAAAUCAGCUGCAGCCAGCUUACACUAUUUGAGGUCAAAAGCUCUGUUGGCCGUUCCUGAUCUUCUAGCACAUGAGUCGCUCGGUGCUGAACAGUUACCACUAGAAGAUGAUGGUUCAGUUUCCGAAGUGGCCAAGGACAUCAUCACUCUUCUAACUUUUCAUAGUCCAGGGGAAGAAGAUACGUUUCCUGGAACUAGCGAGAAGAACCAAGACUCCUUGGUUAUACGGGAUGGAGCUUGUACUUUGAAGAUGAUCCAAUUCAUACAGAUGGUCGCUGAUGUGCUGGAGUCUCUUCUGAGGAGGGUCACAGCGGCAGAAUCCGAAGCGUCGUUCCAUAAGGAGAGGGUGAUUAUAGGUGAGGAAGAAAUUAGAAGGAAGACAGUCGAAAUCGAGCAUUUGUUAUCGAGUGUGGAUGGGAUGAAACAGAUAGUGCUUGGUAAUAAAGGUGUUCUCAACAAAACAAUGGAGAUAAUCAAGACGUUGGUUGAAGCCAGUAGGAGAGAUAGGGAGGAAGCUGUUGAGAAAGAAGAGGAGCUCCGUCGUGUGAAGACGGAGUUUGAAUCACUUAGAAAUUACGUCAAUACUUCCACCAAUGCUGUUGAGACACUUCGUUCAUCGGAAAGGCAAUUCAAAACUAUCGAAGCAAUGCUGGUUGCUAAGUCUGCACAGCUGGAAGGCGAGAAAGCGCAGAAAGAGGUAGAAAUUCAAAAGCUGAUGGAGGAGAACGUGAAGCUAACCGCUCUUCUUGACAAGAAAGAAGCUCAGAUUCUGGCCUUGAAUGAACAAUGCAAAUUCAUGGCUUUGAAUGCUUCAAACAUCUGAUCCUCCAUCUUUCAUCUCUUGGCAAAAAGACAGGAUCAUUCGACAUAGUAGCCGUACUUAAUUUGCUACGGCCUAUGUGAUUUUUUAUGUUUUUUAUGUUUUUCAGAUUUGAUAUUCUGGUAACUCUGUAAAAAUCAUGGCUUUUGAAUAAGCAAAUAAAGUAGUCUUUGGUACA